AUGGGUGGCGCAGCGUCAGCACAAGGUUUGGCGCAGCUGAAAGGUGCCAACAUUGCUGAUCUCAAGGCUUUGCUGAAGGACCUCCCUGCAGAUCAGAAGGCGCGCAUGGCCGCUCUCAUCGAUAGCGUGGAGACGCAGCAGUCAAGUGAGUUCAAAAAGCUCAUCGGCAAGUUCCAGAAAAGUUUGACGUGGGGUGACUGGGGUGGCCAUAGCUUCACUCUGACCAUUGAGGAGUCGGGGCGCGCGGUUUUCGAGGAGCGCUCCAGCGAGUUCAGAGACAGCGAAAAUUGGUUCUACAAAGUGGGCAGAGUAUCGCUCAACAACGACAUCAUCACCUUUACCGAGAGCCGGAUGCAGGGCGAAAGUAUGGGACCCGGAGGCAACCGAUCCUACCACGAGAAGGUGGUCAUAAAGCGCUUCCGACGCCUUGCUGGCGGCAGCCUGGCGUUGCUCGCGGACAGCGGCGAGGUGGAAAAGAUGCAGGCAGGUUUCGAGGGAAAAGCACAGGAAGCUGUGCUCGUCCGGUAUGAGGAAGAGCAGUCCCUUACAGAGGAGAUGGAGAAGCUUUACGGUCGGGACUAG